UUGACGUCACGUCAAAGAAAUGUUGACAUUUUUAUGGUAGGCUAACUUUUCAUGCAAUUUUCGUAACGGAAACUAUCAAAAUAGCAUCGAAAUGCGCACCGCAGCACCCUCGCCUUGCAUACCCGUAGGAACCGAGUAAGUUGAGGCGGCGGGCAUUCCUUGAUCAACACCUGGGAAUGAAGGGAUUCCGCUUCAACCUAGGAGCCUUUGCGAAGAAGAAACUAGUUAUGGGCAUCGACAAGCUUAUUUCCAAAAUGCCAUGCGAAACUGUUCUCAAAAAAAUGGAUAGUGUACUCUUUAGACCAAUAGCUCAUGCUUGUGAAUGUGUCAUCGAUGACAUGAAAUCUAAAGAAGCGGAAAGCGAUGACAUGAUGAACGUCUCGGAGCUGCUGGGCCAGAUAGCCAGGCUGGAGGAAGAGAUGCAGGCGCUCCGGGAGGAAUGUACGUCCCAGGAACACGACCUUGAAGAGGCUAAUGGACUACUGGAAGAAGUCUGCCCAGAUACUGCAGAUUUGAAAGCUGCGUGUGAAGAAAACCCACAAUUCAGUUUUGUUCAGUCAGACAGUGGCUGUGAAGCGAUUUGUUACUAUGCCAGUACUGACCUCACGGACUACGCAGGCGCAGAGGAGGUCUGCUCAGCCGCAGGUGGCUCCCUCGUCACCAUGGAUACCAUGACGAAGAACGCCCUGAUGACUGAUACUGUGAGGAAAAAUUUCCCCACCAGUAGUUUCUGGAUCGGAUUGACUUUUGACGAUGGUGAGUGGAAGUGGCAAGGGUCCGAACCGGUGACCUACACAGACUGGGCCAACGGCGAACCGGACUCCAAACAGUACUGCGCAUCUCUCAACAAAGCCGCCCAACACCGCUGGUUCGACUGGAAAUGCACCACCGCAGACAAGAACGGCGCCCUCUGUGAACUCAAUAUCCAGGACGACUUUGAAGAAGACUAAUAGGGGAGAUAAUCUCAGUUCACCCAAUAGACGAUCUUCAGCUCUUUUGGUCUAUAUAAAAAAAUAAACACUGUUAAUCAGUUA